GAGGAGUCUGGAGGGGGCAACUGAGGCACAAGGAUGGUAACUGGCCAAGGUGGCCCAGCAGAGAGACUUGAACCAUGCCCAUCACACAGAUGGAAAUCAGAGGCCAAGAGUGUGCAGGCUGUGCCUUGAGGGUACAGGAUGGCCCAUGAAUCACUCAGCCUGGUGGGGGUGGGUGCCACGGGCAGAGGCUGCCCGGUGCUGAGAGCAGGGGAAAGGUGCUGGGCCCGGGGCCCACGCUGGAGCGGGCAGGCACGUGACUAUCCAGGGCCCUCCCCCGGCCCACUGGCCGCCUGCCUCUGCCGGCCAGGCCUGCACCACCCCAGACCCUAUAAGGCCUGGGAGCUGAGAGCAGAGCCAGCCGCCAGCUGCACCGCCCGUCACUCCAGGGGACCCUCACACGGUCCAGCUACUUAGAGGAUUACCAUGUCUGCUCAAGACGGAGGAGGCCGGGAUCCUCCCAAACCCAAGGGCAAGACUCUGGGCAGCUUCUUUGGGUCCCUGCCUGGCUUCAGUUCUGCCCGGAACCCGGUGGCCCACGCCCACAGCUCAGAGAGAGAGGCCCGGCCGGUCGCCCAUCCCGCAGGUGCUCCAGCCGCCGAGACUGCGCAGCCCCAGGCUCAGGUGGCCACCGACCCGGAGCAGACGACCAGGGGCGUUGAGAAGACGCUGCCGCUUUCAGACAGGGUCAUCUCCGGGACAAACGACCUAGUGUGGUCCAAGAUGACCAGGACCAAGGAUGCCUUCUCGUCUGGGAUGGCCAACGUUGUGGACACAGCUAAAGGUGUGGUCCAAGGAGGCCUGGGCAUGACCCAGUCCAUGCUCACAGGCACCAAGGAUGCAGUGUCCACUGGGCUCACUGGGGCAGUGAACAUGGCCAAGGGCACCGUCCAGACUGGUAUGGACACCACCAAGACCGUCCUAACAGGCACCAAAGAUGCAGUGUCCACUGGGCUCACAGGAGCAAUGGGUGUGGCCAAGGGGGCCGUCCAGACGGGCGUGGACACCACCAAGACUGUCCUGACGGGCACCAAAGAUGCAGUGUCCACUGGGCUCACUGGGGCAGUGAACAUGGCCAAGGGCACCGUCCAGACUGGCAUGGACACCACCAAGACUACCGUCCUGACAGGUACCAAAGAUACAGUGUCCACUGGGCUCACUGGAGCAAUGGGUGUGGCCAAAGGAACCGUCCAGAUGGGCGUGGACACCACCAAGACCGUCCUGACAGGCACCAAGGAUGCAGUGUCCACUGGGCUCACUGGGGCAGUGAACAUGGCCAAGGGCACCGUCCAGACUGGCAUGGACACCACCAAGACCGUCCUCACUGGCACCAAAGAUGCAGUGUCCACUGGGCUCACUGGAGCAAUGGGUGUGGCCAAGGGGGCCGUCCAGACGGGCGUGGACACCACCAAGACUGUCCUGACAGGCACCAAAGAUGCAGUGUCCACUGGGCUCACUGGGGCAGUGAAUAUGGCCAAGAGCACCGUCCAAACUGGCAUGGACACCACCAAGACCGUCCUCACUGGCACCAAAGAUGCAGUGUCCACUGGGCUCACCGGAGCAAUGGGUGUGGCCAAGGGGGCCGUCCAGAUGGGCGUGGACACCACCAAGACCGUCCUGACAGGCACCAAGGAUGCAGUGUCCACUGGGCUCACUGGGGCAGUGAAUGCGGCUGCAGGGGCUGUGCAAACUGGGCUGAGUACAACCCACGGUGUUUCCGCUGGCACAGGGAACACCGUCCCCAGUGGCAUGGCUGGUGCCAUGAAUGCGGCCAACGCUGCUGCCCACUGGGGUCUGGACACCUCGAAGGCUGUCUUCACCGGCACCAAAGACGCCAUGUCUGCCGGGCUCACCAGGGUAGGGAAUGUGGCCCGAGGAGGUGUGCAGACUGGUCUCGGAACCAUCCAGAACUGGUUACCUGGUUCCCAGGAUGCUGCCUCAGGUGGACUCGCCACUUCUGGAGCCCCCGCUGAAGGAGAACAACCCAUCCUGAACCCUCAUGAGGCUCAGUCCUGUGGGGUCUCCAGGCCCCCGGACACUCUGUGUGCACGCCUGGACCUUGCUGGGAAAGCCACCACCAAUACCAAGGGCCUCGUGUCAGCUGAGGUGACAUUCACCCAAGGGGCCGCCCUGGGCAAGGAGGAUGACGUAGGGCCUGGGGCCACCACUUGCGGCCAGGAAGGAGCCCGGGGCUUUGCAACACUCCGGGACGAGCUGGGGGAGAUCUUCCAGCCCAUGAGCGCCGAGGAGCAAGCUCAGCUGGCUGCCUCCCAGCCCCGGCUGAGGGAGGCCACGGCCGACCAAAGCAGCUACUUCGUGCGUCUGGGCGACUUGGACCCCAGCUUCCGCCAGCGGGCUUUCGAGCAUGCCCUGAGCCACCUGCAGCAAGGCCAGUUCCAGGCCCUGGACGUGCUGGCCCAGCUCGAGGACGCCUUCUGGCUGAUUGAGAAGGCCCAGCAGGCUCCAGACCAGCAGCCGUGGCCGGACCAGGAUCAGAUCAGCCAAGCCGGCGCCCGAGAGGUGCGUUACCAGGGGGCCGGCGCUCCUGCCCCUCCCCUCCAGUCCCGCUCACCUCCCUCCUUCCGCCCACAGGUGCCAGCCGCCGGGGCUCUGUCCAGGGUCUGCAGCCUUGUCCGGCAGCUCCAUGUGGCCUACAGCAGCCUGGCCUCCGGCCUCCAGGGCCUCCCCGCCGAGCUCCGGUGGCAGCUCAGGCAGGCGCGGCACAGCCUCUGCGAGCUCCACAGCGUUGUCUCCUCUGCCGCCUCCGUGGCGGAGCUGCCGGCCGAGCGCCUGGCCCAGAGCCGCCAGGGCGUACGCCAGGCAUGGCAGGGGCUGGAGCAGCUGCUGGAGGGUGUGCAGCACAGCCCUCCGCUCAGCUGGCUGGUGGGGCCCUUCGCCCUGCACCCCGAUGGGCAGCAGCUGUAGGA